GAACUUUUUCAAGUUUUCUCAGAGAGAGAUAGUUGGAGAAUGUCCACCAUUGCGUUGUUUGGGGAUACUAUAAGGGCAGUAAGAAGGGCAGUGAGGAGAGCAUACAUUUUAGUGCACGUGGAGGAGGGCCAAUUUUUGUCCGUUCGAGAUCCUAUUAAUGAGCCAUCAGUGUAA